AUGGGUUGGGGUACAUCAUUAUUAAUACUAUGCAGUAUAAUAUAUUACUUUAAUCAAGGAAGAUUGACAGUAAUACUAUCAUCAUAUAUACUAGUAUAUUUAUAUAGUUUAGAAAAAAAGAAAUCAAAAUCAUCUCAAACUACGAUAAUUGAUAAUCAACCAAUACCAAACAAACAAAAUGUCAUAAAUCCAAAAGAAUCCAAAAGUGUAGAUUCACCAAUAUAUGCAAUAGAUUUUACUUCAACCACUUUUACACCAUCUUCAACUUCAAAUAUUCCAACUAGAUCAAUAAGAACCACAAGAGCUAAAAGAUCACCAAAAUUAAUAAAAGCUAAUAAACCAAAUACCACCAUACCCAAGUCAAAUUCACCAAUAUUAACUCAAACUCAAGUAGACUUGAAACAAUCUCAAAUAUAUAUUUUUUACACAACAUUAACUGGAUCAUCAUUAAGAAUUGCGAAAAAUUUACAAAAUAAACUAGAAAAUAUGGAAUUAAAAUAUAAACCAAAAUUAUUAAGUUUAGAUGAUGACGUUGAUGAUUUAGAAAAAUAUUUUUUAAAAACCCCAAAAAUCAACGACCAAGGAGAAGAAGUUAAGAAUAUUUAUUUAUUAGUUUUACCAUCUUAUGAAACUGAUUCACCUAUUGAUUACUUUUUAGAACAUUUGAUCGAUACAUACCAAGAUUUUAGAGUUGAUAAAUAUCCUUUGAGAUCUUUGUUGGGUUUUGCAGUAUUAGGAUUAGGUGAUUCAGAAAGUUGGUCAGGUGAUAAAUUCUGUUAUCAAGCCAAAUUAACUGAUAAAUGGUUAGGUAAAUUAGGUGGUAGAAGAUUAUAUCCUUUAGGGGAAGUAUGUAUGAAAUAUGAAGGAGAACCAAAAGCUCAAGAAUGGAUACAAAAUUUCAGUGAAUUAUUAGUUGAUGACGAACCUUUUUAUAUUGAUGAAAAUGAUGAUGGUGAAUUUGAUGAUAGUGAUAAAGAAGACGAGGAGGGAAAUAGUGAUGAUGCAGAUACAUUAGUUGAUGUUGAAGAUAUGGGUGAUAUUAUAAGAAAAUCAGGUGGAUCUGCAACAAGAUCAUCACAACAACAAUUAGAAAUAAAACAAAUGGUUGCCAAGGAUUCACCAACUUAUAAAUCAUUAACAAAACAAGGAUAUACAAUAGUUGGAUCUCAUUCAGGUGUUAAAAUUUGUAGAUGGACAAAAUCAGCAUUAAGAGGAAGAGGAUCAUGUUAUAAAUUUGCAUUUUAUGGUAUAAAAUCUCAUUUAUGUAUGGAAACAACUCCUUCAUUAGCAUGUUCAAAUAAAUGUGUAUUUUGUUGGAGACAUGGUACUAACCCUGUAGCUAAAUCCAAUUGGAGAUGGGAAUUAGAUCCACCUGAAAAAGUAAUGGAGGGUGCAUUACAAGGUCAUUAUCAAAAGAUAAAACAAAUGAGAGGAGUACCCGGUAUACAAAUGGAUCGUUUUCAAGAAGCUUUUAAAGUUAAACAUUGUGCUUUAUCACUUGUUGGAGAACCUAUUUUUUAUCCACACAUCAACGAGUUUGUUGAUAUGUUACAUAAACAACAUAUAAGUUCAUUUUUAGUUUGUAAUGCUCAACAUCCAGAUAACUUGGCAAAAUUAUCGAAAGUUACUCAAUUAUAUGUUAGUAUAGAUGCUCCAACAAAACAAGAUUUAAAGAAAGUCGAUAGACCAUUAAAUAGUGAUUUUUGGGAAAGAAUGAUGUCAUGUUUAGAUAUUUUAAGAACAAUUCAAAAACAUCAACGUACUGUUUUCAGAUUAACAUUAGUUAAAGGUUUUAAUAUGACAGAUAUUGAAAGUUAUGCAGAUAUGGUAGAAAGAGCAUUACCUUCACAAAUUGAAAUUAAAGGUGCCACUUUCUGUGGUUCAUCAAAUGGUAAUGGUAAUCCUUUAACUAUGCAAAAUAUUCCAUUUUAUGAAGAAUGUAAAAACUUUGUCACUCAAUUAAAUCAAGAAUUACAAAAAAGAGGAUUAAGUUACGACAUAGCAGCAGAACAUGCUCAUUCAUGUUGUAUAUUAAUAGCAGAUACCAAGUUUAAAAUUAAUGGAAUUUGGCAUACACAUAUAAAUUAUCCUAAAUUCUUUGAAUUAUUAGAAUCAGGUCAAGAAUUUGUUGAUAUUGACUAUAUCAAGCCAACUCCAGAAUGGGCUACAUGGGGAUCAAAUGAAGCAGGUUUCAAUCCAGAAGAUACAAGAUGGGAUAGAAAAGCUGAAAAAUUAAAAAAUAAAAUUGCAAGAGAAGAAGAAGCUAAAUUGAAAGAAGAAGCUUUAAAAUCAAGUGAAAUUGAAAUUAUAUAG